CACCUCCAAUUCCCGCCUGCUACCUUCCACUGUUUAAAACAUUCCCUAUUCUUUCAGAUAUUUGAAAAUGGAUCUUCACCUUCUUCUUCGUUUCGAUUCCAACUUCCCAAAUAUGAAACUCAGAGAGAAAAUCUAGCUCAAAUCCGUUUUCCAUCUUUACACAAUUCAAAACCCUAACACUCCAAAAAUGUCAUCACCGUUAACCUACCCUGUGGUGGUCGACGACAAGGACCUCGAUGACGCCGCACUGUGGGCCAUGAUCGACUCCGCCUCCGCCUCGCACUCCUCUUCCAAGAGAAAGGCCCUCGUCGCCUCCAACCCCCCACAACGCCAGCCCCCUUCCCGGAUCUCCAACCCGUCGCCACCACUGUCUAAUUUUCGGAAGGUUCUCCGCGACUCCGGCGACAGCGGCGAGGUGGUGCAAGACCGAUGGCCCUACCGUCCGCCGCGGAAGGCCCCGAGGUUGUGUGCCUCCGAAGAGAGCAGCCCGCUCGCGCUGAUCAGGAGCGUGCAAAGGACGCCGCCGCCGAAGGACUUAUCGUCGCCUGAUGCGCUGGAGCUAAGCUGCUACACGGAGGUCUCACCGAGGCGGUGCUUCGUGAGGAACGAGGCAGAGGAGAAGGAGAGCGGCAUUGGACAUAGCUUGCUUGGAAUGUUUCCUUCGGUUUCGUUGUUUAAGGAGUACCAGAAUGCUGCUAUGGCGAUUUUGGAAAAAACUGAUUACACUUUGAUUUCGGGGAAUCCUUUCAUUAAGAAGUCAGGUUGGAGAAAGAUAUCUUGUUACUUCAAUAUUUCUUAUGAAAUCAGGGACAGAAAUAUUGAGUUUGAUGAGAAUCGCAAUGUUCAGCGUGCUGAGUUUGUGAUUCGUGCGCACAUGCAGGGCGGCAGGUUCUCCGAUGGAUGGGGCUCUUGUGAUCGACGUGAAAAAAGAUUCCAGAAGCCAAAUCAUGAUAUUCCUAGCACAGCAGAGACUAGAGCAAAAAAUAAAGCUUGUCAAGACUUGCUAGGAAUUGGAGAAUACCGACCUAGUGUAAGUAAUCAAUUGCAUUGAUGUUAUACUUUUGCAACAAUUUAACUUGCCCUGAUAUUUGUUGAUGGGUAAAUGUUUUCUUAAUGUAUCUUAUUCAUUAAAAAUGAUAGCAAAUCCUCGGAGGUGUUCUUCAUUGUA